AUGGCUAGAGUAAAGAAACGUAAGGGUCAAAAUCUACCCCAAAACCAGAACACAAACCUUCCAAAUCCUGUAGUAUCCAUCCAUUCUGUUGCCAAAGGAAAGCCUAAGAGUAAGACAAAGAGUAAGAUCAAGGAAAAGAGCAAAAUAGGUAUAAUCCUUAAUGCUCGUUCAAUGACUCAAGUCCAGCCUCGAAACAUCAAAAUUGAGCCAGCUUCUGGUCUGAAACAAUCCAAACCAAGACCUUGGGAAAUCAUUCCUAACAGAAGGAAGCUUAGACCACGUAAAUAAAAUUGACUAUACCAACAAAAAAUCCAAAGUAGAAGAAGUCAAAAUACACAAAAAGAAAGAUAAAAUGGAGAAAGUACCCAAAAAUUACAAAAGUCGAUCAAAGAGUAAAUCUAAUAGAAAGAUGAAAAGAUAUGGCAAAGAGAAAAAUAAAAUCAGAACAACUUAUUUAAGUAAUAACAACAAUGAAAAUGCUGUUCUUGUACAUUUUUCAAAUACGAGCUUUAAGGAUUCAGAGAAGAAGCAUAGCAUAAGUGAUUUAGGAUUGCCUGAACCCAGCAAGACUCUCCUUCCUCAAACUUCACCACCUAAAUCAUCCUCAGGAUCAUUACUAAACAAAAGAUCAGACUCGUGUGACUCUAGAAGUUUAGAGGAUCAAACCAAAACGAAUUCAUCAGUCCCAGUCGAAAGUGGCUCAUCUCAAGAAUCUCAAAGUGUUUUAGUUCCUGCUCGUCCUGGAACUAUGUCUGCUACUAAGAUACAGAACAUGGAUAUCUCUAUAAACUCAAACUGUUCCUUAUCGCCUAUAAAAAGUCAUACUCCCUCGAUAAAAAUAGAAGAUGAUGAUUCUAGUUAUGAUAGGAACAAGGAAUUUCUAGGCUGGGAUAAUAACAAUAGUCAUAUGCAAGAAUAUUCAAGCUGAAUGUCAAAACCCCUCAAGUUUUGUACAGAUGAUGAUAUUGCAUUCCUGUUAGCAAGAUACAACGAUGAUGAAAAUACUAACAAUCCCUUUGACAACCACCCUCUCUGGAUUAAUUAUCUGUUGAGGCACUUAAGUUUCGACAAGAAGAGCCAAUAAUUUCAAAAAAUCCUAGAUUUCAA